AUGGAGACCAAACCCGGCCAAGGUGUGUGUCUGAACUGUGAGGGGAAUACACAGGGGUCCAACUGUGAAGAGUGCAGACCUGGUUUCUAUCGCAGUCCUAACAGUGGCCCGAAUGAAGCGUGUCUGCCCUGCCCCUGCUCCAAUACCUCCUCCAAUGGGACCUGCCACACCGAUGCCAGUGGGUCUGCAGUCUGUGAUCGCUGCCUGGGUCCGUACUUAGGCCCUCAGUGUGACCAGUGUAGUGUCGGGUUCUUCAGACGGGAUGCCCUCUGUGUACCAUGUGACUGCAGCGGCAACUCCGACCCCCAGGGGCCCUCACAGAUCUGCAACCCCCACACGGGAGAGUGUCUGAGCUGUAUCAGCAACACUACGGGAGCACACUGCCAGCUCUGCGCACCAGGAUAUGUGGGAGAUGCCAAGGCUCACAACUGCACACGGCUGAAUCCCAGGCUUCUACCCACACCAGUCCAGACCACCAGCACCACAGAAGCCCCCACAUCCCCUCCGACCCGUUCCACUGCUUUCUCCUCCUCCACCUCUGGGCCAAAACUCCUGCCCCCUUCCACCUCCAACUCCUCGUCCCUCAGUCCCACCACCACCCAGGCCCUGCUCACCAGCCUGGGCAGCCCCACGGACAACACCACAGCUGCACUCACCGAAGUCUCCUGGACCCAAUUCAACAUCAUCAUCCUAGCUGUCAUUAUUCUCGUGGUGCUACUCCUACUUGGGUUUGUGGGGGGAGUCUACACCUAUCGCGAGUACCAAAACCGCAAGCUCAACGCACCAUUUUGGACCAUUGAGUUGAAGGAGGACAACAUUAGCUUUAGCAGUUAUCACGAUAGCAUCCCCAACGCGGACGUAUCGGGUUUGCUUGAGGAUGAAGCUAAUGAAGUAGCGCCAAAUGGUCAACUAGCUCUCACAACGCAGGGCAACUGCUAUAAAGCUUAACAAAGCAAAACAAGUUGAAACAUAAAUUGUACAUUAUUAUAUCACUAAAAGCUGCUGGAAAAAGUUACCAAAACCGAGAUGGCUCCCUAAUAAAAUAAGUCGGUUUACAGGCUUGUUCACAAUACAAACUUGGAAAGGAGAUUGCAUUCUUAUUGAAAAUUCAACUGAGAAUGCUCCAAAGAGAAGGGCAGUUACUUCGUAAGAUCGCGCUGUUGUGGAGUUGUUUGCAGUUGGAGCACGUGCAAAGCUAAAUGGAACCACUAUAAUUACUAGAAGAGGAGCUAAGCAUUUCACUGUUUUUUAAAACGUGACUAUUUUAAGUUAUAAUUUUUAUCACUUGAAGACGAGUGAUCUUAAGACAGUGAUUGUUAUUUAAUGAAUUUCUAUUCUUAUUUAUUGGUUUUGAGUGAAAUGCUGCACAUGUAUGUUUAUCCAAGGUGUUUUCUCUUGUCUGAAUGGGACAAUAUGUUUCAUUGUAUAGUUUGUGUGUCUCUUUUUGAGAAUAUGGGGAGCGAGAUGGAUAUUCCUGAACUGUUUUUUUUUGUUCAUAUAGCUUCCAAGUUAUUAUGCGUGCCAGCUCAUAAUCAAAGAGGAGUCUUUUAUACUGUUUAAACUACAGAUACAAUUUGGCAGUGUGAUUCAUGCAAUGCAUACAUCCACUAUAAAGAUCUAAUCUGCUGCCUACCUCAACAAACUGCAAACGGCCAUCUUGAAAGGUAUACGAACUGUGACCAGACAAAACUAUGGAUUGAUAAGAUCCAAACUUAACCUUUGUACCAUUUCGUUAUGUAGUCAGCACAUGUUUCCUCGUUCCCAAGCUGUUAAACAAACAAUGACUAACUGGUGAGCAACUCCAGAGCUAGCCGCUAGUUUUGGUUUUCUGUUAUUGCAUCAUUCUGGCUAUAAUGUGUGGUAAAGCGAAAGUUGAUAACCUCCUCAGGUCUGGCUUUGUUCUCAAUGUGACCACUGUAAAUACUUUGGCUACUGUACAUAUGGAUGUGAAUAGCACUACUAUUAUUAUAAUUGUACAGGUAUAGGUUAAUCGUGUGUUCACUGUCACUCAACAAGCAUCCCCUCAUGUUGCUCACAGCUUUUCUAUUUUUUAAUUACUAUACUGUUGUUUUCCUUUUUUUCCUCAUCGUCCUGACAUUGCCAUAAACUGUACACAUGAUUUGAAUGCACCGUGACCCAGAAAGGCUCAACGUGGCAAGUAAAAUGAUGUAAAUAAUAAAACC